AUGCGCGUGCCAAUUAGGCUCGUCUGUCUGUGCACGUACUGCCAAUCGGAGGAGGCACCUGGUACCAGAACACGAAGGUUCGAGCGACCCGGAAAAGAGGGGUGGGUAGGCGGUUGUAGCAAUUUUGGCCUGUCGGAGCCCUGGUACCCCGACCGACCUCAACUAAACAUGCUCGCUCGCAUGUCCUGUGCCCGUAUGCGGUCUCGAAGCAGAGGCUCAGUGGCUGGCUCGAGGCUGGCU